AUUCGAACAGAUCAAAGAUAUUUACACUGGAUCAAGCACGAUGCAGUCCCUACGAAUUCUACCAAGACUACCGACCUCCCGUAUUGGCCUGCGACCGGUACAGACCUGCACACAAGUGCGCACAGCGACGAGCUCGUCCACAUCAUCCGCCCCCGGACCAGCACGAAGGAGCGUCACCAUUGCAAACGAUACCGGUCGCGUGCCUUGGAAUGAACUAUCAUGGCGUGAAAGAGGAGCCCGAACAACACAGCAAUCGGCAAACUUCCUUGUCGUCAUCCUAGGUCUGGUCAUGACAGGAGGUGUCGCGACUGUUCUGUACCUCGAAGUCUUCAGCAGCGACAGCAAGACCGCCGUCUACAACCGUGCCUUCGAGCGUAUAAGGAACGACCCGAAAUGUAUCGACGUGCUGGCUGGUAGAGGCAAGGGCGGAGAGAUUGAAGCAUGGGGAGAAAACAGAGUGCGCAACAGUCGCUUUGCAAGAGAUACCAUUUCAUCAAAAACUGAAACUGAUGGUAUUGGCACGACACACAUGCGCAUGCACUUCCACGUAGGAGGCCCGCUAGCCCUAGGCACUGUCAAUGUGCACAUGACCAAACGCCGCGAUGAGAGCGACUUCCAAUAUCAUCACCUGGCUCUCGAUGUGCCCGGACACGAGCGAAUUUGGCUUGAAAAUGCAGAAGCCUGGAAGCUUGACAAGAGAAAGCAAGGAAAGAUGUUUGGCGUCAGAUGGUGGUGAUUGCACAGCGCAGUCUGGCCCUCCUCAGAUUGACCACAUUUUCGUCGUCUCCAGUAGCCUGGUUGUCGAGAC